AUGGUGCUGGGCGAGAGGGGGCUCGCACCAGCAACACUUGUGGUGGCGCCCGCGGCAAGGGCGGAGCGGAGGUCGUCCACGCCUACGGCGGGGCAGAGGUCGCCCGCAUCGGCGGCGGGCAGGGAUUCACCUGCGUCCGCAGCGUCGACUGGCAGUGGGGCGUCCGUGGUGAGCGUGGAAACGCCCGUGCGGACAGCCCCAAGGCUCCAGGUCGACCCAAGGGCGACACCCUCGGGUCAGUCGUCAUUAGGCGUCAGCGUACCGCGGGCGCGGAGGAGCGGCACAGGCAAGCGCAGCCUGAGCUCCCCGGCAGAGGCAACCACCAAGAGUGCGACCUGCCUCGCGCCGACCAAGGCCCUCAAGACCGGGGCGCGCGCGACGCCGCAUUCGGCGCCGUUGCCCCCUAUCAGAGGGGACCAGGCCUUAGAGGCGGGGGCCGUGAAGCUCCGAGAGACGAUGGCUCGGGGGGCCCAGGAGGCCCAACUGGCCCGAGCGCAGGAGGGUGGGGGCGACGCCGGUCAGAGCGGCGCUGCGGCGGCCACUCGGGUCGACGCCGACAAGGAGGCCGGUCGGGGCGACGCGGGGAGCGCCGCCCGGCCGGAUGUCGAAGCCGGCGAGGGCGGAGCGGAUGGCGCCGCCCUGCUGGAAGUAGGAGGAGGAACUGGCAGGGAUGCUCAGGAGCAUCCGGCCAGCCGAGAACAAGAAGAGACCCCCGCCCCUGAGCCCCCGAGGGCUGGGGUCGAGGGGGCCACGGCAGUGGCGUCGGUGCCAACGGCGCUGGUGGUGGAAGAGACCCGCAUCUCAGGGCCUGCGAGGGCCGGGGACGAGGGUGCCGCUGUGGCGGCGACGGCGCAAAUGGCGCCGGAGAACGUGGCGCCGGUGGUGGAGCUGCCGCAGACCAGCGAAGAGUACAGGGAUUCGAGGGACAUCGAUACGGCCGCCGCGACUAGCGCCGCUGACCGGAUCUUCGAGUUCAUUUCGGCCUCCGAGGAUAUCCUCGGUGCGGGGACGUUCGAUGGGCUCAGCCAUGGGGCUGACUGGGCAGUUGUCCAGUCCGGGGUCCCCUCGAAUUUUGUCCGCAUCGAGCGGGGAGAAGAUGACGCCUGGCGAGCGCGUGUUAUCCCCUCGGAUUUUACCCACACCGAGAGGGAGGAGAGCGACGCCUAG